AUGGACAGGCCGACUGUCAUUGCCCUCUUUUCCAGGCGGCCGUGGCUUCAGCCCAGCGCCCAGUCGGCCACUACAGACAUGUCAGAGAAGGAGAACAACUUCCCGCCGCUGCCCAAGUUCAUCCCCCUGAAGCCUUGUUUCUACCAGAACUUCUCCGAUGAGAUCCCCAUUGAGUAUCAGGUCCUGGUGAAGCGAAUCUACCAUCUGUGGAUGUUUUACUGUGCAACCCUGGCAGUGAACCUGGUCGCCUGCCUGGCCUGGUGGAUCCGUGGCUAUGGGGUCAACUUUGGCCUGGCCUUGGUCUGGUUGCUGCUCUUCUCGCCUUGUGCUUACGUGUGCUGGUUCCGGCCCGUCUACAAGGCCUUCCGGGCCAACAGCUCCUUUAACUUCAUGGCAUUUUUCUUCAUCUUUGGGGCUCAGUUUGUCCUGACGGUCCUCCAGGCCAUCGGCUUCUCCGGGUGGGGCGCCUGUGGCUGGUUGGCGGCAAUCAGCUUCUUCGAGAGCAGCGUGGGGACGGCUGUGGUCAUGUUGCUGCCGGCCAUCAUGUUCUCCAUGUCGGCUGUCAUGAUGGCUGUCACGAUUCUGAAGGUGCACAGGAUCUACCGGGGGACUGACGGAAGCUUCCAGAAGGCGCAGACAGAGUGGAGCUCGGGCACAUGGCGGAACCCGCCAUCGAGGGAGGCUCAGUUCAACAACUUUUCAGGGAACAGCCUGCCCGAGUACCCCACUGUGCCCAGCUACCCAGGAGGUGGCGGCCAUUGGCCCUGA